AUGCCCCUGGGACCAUGGAGGAAGAAGAAAUCCACGAAGGAGCACUUGGUGGAGAACGAGGAGGUGACCAGCGGAGGCGGCGGUAGUGGAGCGGGCGCAGCAGGUGCAGGGAGCCCGGGCAAGGCUGCGGUGAACGGGGCAGGACUCCCACCGCCUCCCGCUAACCUGAGGCCCAAGUUGGUCUUCCACACGCAGCUGGCCCACGGGAGCCCCACGGGAAGGAUAGAGGGGUUCACCAAUGUUAAAGAACUUUACGGGAAGAUUGCAGAGGCUUUCAACAUCAGUCCUCCAGAGAUUCUGUUCUGCACUCUGAACACCCAUAAGAUCGACAUGGACAAGCUGCUGGGAGGUCAGAUCGGGCUGGAGGACUUCAUCUUCGCCCACGUCCGAGGACUCAAGAAGGAGGUGGAGGUCUACAAGUGUGAGGACGCUCUGGGCCUGACCAUCACCGACAACGGAUCCGGCUUCGCUUUCAUCAAGCGCAUCAAAGAGGGCAGCGUGGUGGACGGGGUGAAGGUGAUCAGUGUUGGGGAUCACAUCGAGUGCAUCAACGACAAGAACGUGGUGGGGAUCCGACAUUACGAAGUGGCCCGCAUGCUCAAGGACCUGCCCCGGAGCAAGACCUUCACCCUCAAACUGGUGGAGCCCAUGAAGGCCUUUGAAAUGCUGGAGCCGCGGUCAAAAGGAGCCAAACCCACCGAGAGUAAGAUCGGAUCAGGACGAGCCACUCUGAGACUCAGGUCUAAGGGUCCGGCCACCGUGGAGGACGAGCCCACAGAGUUCGAGGAGAAAGCUGUGAAGAAAGUGGACGACCUCCUGGAGAGCUACAUGGGCAUCAGGGACACGGAGCUCGCUGCCACUAUGGUGGAGGUCGGCCGCGAUAAGAAAAACCCAGACGAGUUUGCCAUGGCUCUGGACGAGACUCUGGGAGACUUCGCCUUUCCGGACGAGUUUGUGUUCGACGUAUGGGGCGCCAUCGGAGACGCCAAGACGGGAAGGUUCUAG